AAGAGUAUGUAGCUGUACAGUACAAAGAGAAAUUCGCUAGAUUGCUAGCGGGCAGAAAAUAUAACAGGAAGAAAACAUAUGCAAGAUAGCUCUGGAAACCUCCACAAGCAAACGUCUUGUUGUUGCUAGUACCGGACACUUUUCUCCAAGAAAUAGCCUCUUGCUUUAAAAAGAUCCUUUUCUUCCCAGGAGCCAAAAUCGAAUUUCACAGUUUACUAUUUCUCUUCUUUCUUAGCAGGUAAGGUUUCCCUACCUUGACCUUGUUCAUAUUCAGGACGGAGAGUCUUCCAAGGUUAUAUGCUUAAUUCGCGUGCGUGAGCUGCGCAUAGUAGAGACCGUCACCCUGGAGACAACCCCAGUGUAUAUAUUCUCCACCCCCUCUCGAACCUCGCAGUUUGCAGUCUCACACCACUUUGCAAGAUGUUCCAAUGCAAGAUCUGCGGGAUCUGCUUGCAGUUCCACCAGAAUUACCUUCACCACACCCUGACAGGUCGAGCACUGCAGUGUUGUAAUUGCACCGGGAUUUUUGAUAGCGUGUGUACUCUAAGGAGUCAUCGACGGCUCGCCCACCCCAGGUAAAACCCACUUGAAAAUAAAGAUAUCGUUUUGGUCCCCGAGGCAUCGGAUAUCACUGACACAGUACAUCUAUAUAUUGGCAGGGAAUUCGAAGAAAGCCGGAGAAUGAAGCACAAUGCCGAUAUUGCAACAACAUUGGAGUUUCGCCAAGAGAGCUCCAAAACCGUUGGUGAUUCUGCCUACAACAAUAUGGGCAACGAAAUUACCUCUGAACGAGCCAGUGAUACUGCCUCUUUAGCUGUCAAGGUGACUGACAGGGAGGUCAGCCGGCACAAUAUAGGGAAUGGUUCCCCACAAGCGUGCAGUCCUCCGGUUGACGAUUUCAGUAUACAGGUUCUGAAACCCGCUCCACCCAAUACCCCAGACUCGGAUAUUCAAAAAGGGGAAGGUUUGAUAGAUAUUAAUGGACCGGAUGAGAAACAAAGCGAUUUAGACAAAGCAGUCGACGCGCUGAUAGCGUCGAUUAGGAAACGAACUCAGCAAGAGGAACAUGCCACUCUCGUGAAAGUGGAUGAGUAUUGCAUGCCACCCAAUCUUCCUUCCACAGUUUCUACCCAGGUGAAGAAUGACGUGCCCAAUGAAACUUCAGAGAGCAUGGCAACUGCAAAAUCCGAGUUGGCAGUAUAUAACAAGAAAACUGAGAAUACCAGUGAAAGAACGUCACCCGGUUCAAGAGCCCCAACACGCGUUUAUACGCCGCAACCUGAAAAUUCAGAUCGAAUUAAGAGGGUCAAACACAACGGAACGAAACCAUCCGGAGGCCCAGCAAUCUCCAUGGCGGUGGAUCCUUUUCAAUCACAUCAGGGCUCAGAGUCGAAGCAGCAAGAAAAUCCCGGAGUGCGAAUCGUCUGUUUCGAUUGUGGUGUUGCCUUCAGCACGCUUAUCGGUCUCCAGCACCACCAAAUCAUGUACGAGCACAAUUAUUGCAAAGUAUGUCUCAGCUUCUUCAACGACCGCUCGCUAUUCGAACACCACAUUCAGUUGGUCCACAAUUUCAAAUGUAUAGAGUGCCCAUUGACCUACAAGACCUGGGAAGAAAAAGCAGAGCAUCAACGCCAGACUGGUCACGGGUAUUGCACAGAGUGUAGUAGCUACUUUUUGGACCGCGAGAGCCAUGCCAAGCACCUCAGUCUUCAUAAAAGCACAAAGUUUGCAUGCCCAAUCUGCAAUGCCAGCUUUGGAACCGAGCAAAGCCGGGUCAUGCACCAGACUGCAACCAAACACGCGUAUUGUAACGAAUGCGGGCGCUAUUUCCAUGACGGAGCAAGCUAUGCAAAACACGUCAAUGUCCAUAAUGCAACCAGCUUCGCCUGUCAUAUCUGUGGAAUGGGAUUCAUGACGGAAGAUCAUCGAGACGCCCACCAACGAGAGAGGAAUCAUGGUGUCUGCUCACAAUGUGAGGCAGUCUUCGCAGACAAGGUGAGCGAGAAAAGCCAUAAGGGAGUUGCUCAUAAACACAAAUGCCAGAUCCGUGGCUGCAAACUUUCUUUUGUGACACCUGAUCUCCUGGCGACUCAUAAAGCAAAAUCACACCCUUUUUGCAGAAUAUGCACUCGUACAUUCGUGGAUAAAACGGCGCUCCUAAACCACGAGCGAACAUCUGCGAAGCAUGCCAAACCCCAAGUCUUGAGAUAG